AUGGACUAUAAGAAAAUUUCGGAUGAAGUUUCAGAAAAAAUUUUAUCAUACAGUCAAGAUACUUCAGGAUGGAGAGUGAUAAAAGUUUCAAAAAAUGUUACAGUUUCUUCAAAGCCUUCAAAAGAGUACGCAGGAAAUAUAUACCGUGGAGAAGGGAUAAUUAAGGAAGUCCCUAGUAAAAUUAUUCCUUUUAUGUAUCUUCCCGAAUAUCGAAACAAAUGGGACAAAGCAUUACAAUCUUACAAGCUGUUAGAAAGGAUCGACCAGGACACUGGCAUAUACCACAGUGUAACACACAGUUACGGUAUGGGACUGAUUUCAUCGAGAGAUUUUGUUGACCUGCUGCAUGUUAAACCAUAUCCUGGUGAUAUCCUUACGACUAACUCUGUCAGCGUGGAAUACUCCAGCUGCCCUCCGACUCCCUCUUGUGUCCGAGGCUACAACAAUCCCUGUGGAUAUGUGUGUUCACCUUUGCCUGAGAAUCCAGAGCAUUCUAAGCUAGUCGUAUUUAUUCAGCCAGAACUAGGAGGAAUGCUUCCCUGGUCUGUAGUGGAGACGGCAUUACCGACGACUCUCAUAAACUUAAUCACUGAAACGAGAGCUGGACUGAAAGGCUUGAAAGACCGUAAUUAAACGUAAGUGGAAAAUAAUAAGCACUUAAGUCACGUGCAUCUUUUACUGGGAUUCUUUUUUAAAGUAGGUGAUGUUGUUUAUUUUAAUUGGGGUUUACGUGGAAAUGUGUAAAGCUUAACUGUUAAAAUGCUGAACGCUGGUUAUCUCUGUUCUUGGGAAUGAUGCAGGAAUUUACGCUGAAGUGCCAUACAGUACAGGAUGUCGCUUUCAGUGUAAUCAGGUGAUGUUUGCUAAUAUUUUUGCACUUUAUAUGCAGAGAAUAUAUAUACACACACAUCCACACAAGAAUCUGAUGAUAUAAAUCAUAGCAGUGUUAAAAUAGUCCAAUAUUUUGCCAUAGCUUUAAACUCACUUCGAUAAAUUCUUACCUCAAUUAUGUUAACUCUUGGCUGAAACAAGCAAAUGUCUUGUGUACUAGAGGCUUUCAACAUGUUUAUUAACUAGAAGUGUGUAAGUGUAAUUAGCAACUAUUUCACUGUUUUGGAAUUAAAUAUUUGAAGAAAAGCCUGAUGAAUUUGUAUAUAGCAUCUCAUUAAAAGCUGCUCUUUAUACACAGAGUUGUUUGUCAUUUUCUGAAUCCUGAGCACCAAACCUGAACAGUUUUUAUACGCUGGCUAAUUUCCAGGAACAAGCUGCUGAUAUGAUUCAUUUGGAAGUAAUAUUUCCCAUUACCCCUCGGUAUUUCUAGUACCUCCAGUUUGCAGGAAAUAGCGAUAGCCAUGUGAAUAGCAAUUUCCAUUACAAAUCACAGAAAAG